AUAUGUGAGAGAGCAUGUGCGUGUAUACACACCUGCAUGAGUAUGUGUACAUGUUAAACUUGCGUGAUGCUGAUAAGGAUUGUAAAUCUAAAUACCAAGUAAACCGGACCCCACAACUUUCCAGGGCAUGUGUUGUUCACUAUGACGGGCCAGGGCGUGUCCUCCUGGAUGGUUUCAGUAGAUUACCCGACGUCCAACGCGGACGAAUUGGCGCAGUACUUCAAAGCUGAGCGGGACUCCGUGACGUCAGACUGGAGGCUCGUCAUUGAGAAACCUCUAGACCUGGAGACAAUCAACAGAGAUUUCGGAAUAUCACUGCAGUCUAUUUCUUUGCGACUUUCCUGCACUGAGACAAGCUCUUUUCAGUUCAAGUACAAUCGGUUCAUGUAUGUGGACCCAGUGAGCGAGUUCCCUCCCUAUUUCAAUCCGGAAAACCCAGAAUUCGAUUUCUACGAGGACGCACAACCGGGGCAUUCCCUCUUUGACCUGAUGACUGUCGUGGAGGACUAUGACGUGCGGAGCUCGGGUGCAGAGAUCAGACAUAUCUACGCCAAUCCCUACACCGGACCGGAGAGAGACGCUCUGGAGGUAAUGGAUGUCCAGCAAUUCGGCCAAGCGUUUCUCAAGUCUAUUGUCGAUUAUGAGAGUGGAGACAGGCUCUUUGUCUUGAACGUCACUGUUGAGGACCAGGGAGGGCUGACCAACAGUACAACAGUGACGAUAACAGUGAUCAACGUCAACGACAAUCCACCGACCUUCUGGCACCGCGGCUGUCGGGCAGACUGCGGCUCCAUAGGGUACGAGGCGGUCGUGAGUCCAACACAGCUGGGGCAAGUGACAGAUUUGACUCCAGAACAAAUUCAUGCACAGGAUCCUGAUGAUGACCCAGUUACAUUUCGGAUUGUUACAGGUUCACCGAUGGGCUUUGAACAGUAUGUGUCCAUUGACCCCAUCAAUGGAAGUGUUCAUUUACUGAAGCCACUUGAAGACUCUGAUUUCAGUGAUAUAUUUUUUCUUCUCGAGGUGAGUGAGAGUUUUGAGGACAACAGGACCAGGUCAAUGGACCCCAUGCACACAGCCAUCAGUACAGUGCACCUGGAGGUGGAAGGACGCCAUCUCAGGAACGGUUCUACUGGCGCAGGAGGGGCGUCUCCAAAUAGUGCAGGAGGUUCCAGCAGCCGGGAGGACACCCUCUUCAUCUGCACGAUCGUCUUGUCCGGCCUGCUCCUCAUCUCUCUAACUUUACUCAUUGUUCUGCUCUGUGCUCUUAAGAAACGCACCAAAAGCCAUGGACCUUCUAUCAGAUCUUCUGGAGCAACUAGAGGAGAGUGGAGGCCGAGUUCUAUGGGUGUUAUUAUGUACUCAGGUCCCAACAGUGCGCAUGUCAACAACCGAGAGUCGAAAAAAGAGGAUAGAAGAAUUAACCAUAACUACAGAUCAGAAAAUGAAAACAACGUUAGGAAUUCUGAUAACUUAGAUGACGUAUUUGUUACCGACAUGCAUUCAUACUACGAUAUUCAGGGUAUGAUGUCCGGGACUCCAACACUUUCCGAGACUCAUCGGUCUGAGAUUAUACCAUUCCAAGAUGCUGUCACACUCAGCAGAGACGGGUCUCAGAGAGCCUCGGCUCACCCGACACCACUUUCACACUCUAGGAGAGAAGGUAAGGCUGAGACAGUCUCCUCACCAGUAGAUCAGGCACUUUCCAGACAAAACCACACUCAAUCAAACACAGAGAACUCGAACCUCCAAUCCCAUUAUCUAGCUCUGGAUCUUCUGACAAGUGUCACACCCAUGUCGAAUGAGUCAAAAACAACAGCGACCUUGAACCCUCCGGCCGGGUACACGGACACUGGCAGCGUCAGUUCCAUGAGGUCAUUCCGGGAUGUUGAUGUCAUCAGCGAGCUGGAGGAGAUCGUGGCAGCACAAAGACGAUCAGACAACGAGAAACCACUUUCUGAAGGUAAAGCAAUUGGUGAUGAAGGACAUAACCAAUCCGUGACGUCACAGAACUCGUACCAUACAAGGACAGAACGUGGAAAUUCGUCUGUGGAAGAAGAUGUAACGUCCUUUAUCAACGCAGCCUUUGAAAAAGAGAAUGCUGUUGUGCCCCUCGACCAAGCCUCAGAAGAGAAGGUGACCUACUUUCCGUCAUAUGCAAACUUUCAGGGCAACCCGUUCCGAAGCAGCCGUCGUCUGCCCAGGCUGAACACGGCAUCAACGAAUCCUUUCAGAGAGUCAAUUACUAGCAACGCCUCUUUACUGACAACACCUGAUCUAUCCCCAAUUUACCCACUAGAUCAGCACCCACAACAUACACCUACAGUCGCAACUGAAACAAUUACCGCCUAUCUCUAAGAGACAAAAACAACCUUUGUUGUGAACAAUUUACUGCAUACACGGUUGAUUCAUCAACACAUCUUUACAAGAUUGAGUGUAUCGCUUAUUUUUGGGUUCAAUAAAGAUGAAAAACGAAAAUGUUUAUAGCGAGCAGCAUGUGCGGGUAUAGAGCAGUUAAACAAAAGCAGAACACAACUGUUCAUUUGUAUGUACUGUUCGUGUCUUACUCCCACACCGACAUACUGGUAUGAUUAAUAAUACUAACCGUGGAGGGCGAGGUCGACUUUGAUCCUGUUUAUCUGUGCCAACCCAGACGGAUGAGUGAUAUAAUGGCCUUUUGAGGUAGAUGACGGGGGUGUUUGAUCAAAUCAAAUAACUUUUUUUUCAUCUUUAAAUCGAACCCAUGUCUUUUGCCUAUGCACCCACUAAUUUUAUCAUAACACCUAAAGCGCCAGCAUCUGCUCAAGACAGCACGAAAAAGUUGAAAGGAGAGAGUGUAGUCUUGUGUGCCUCCUGAUUGAACACUCUCCCGACUUCAUUAUCACCCACGUUGCCUGCAAUGUAGUUCAUUUUUGCUAUCUGCCCCUCCCACUCCCUUUCCCUCGCCGCUAAGAUCUGAAUGACGGUAUUUUAGACCGAAGUUAAGUCUAUUAACAUAGUUAACACGGCCUUCCUUGCCAAUUAAAAAGAAUCUAUUUCUAGUCGGGUGAAUUGAAGAACAAUUGAGAAAAUGCAUUUCCCUAAAGAUACUAAAGUUACGGAGAUAUCCAGGGCAGAGCGUGAGAUCAAAUCCACGAUCUUAAGAUUGCGAGCCUGCCAUCUUAUCUCGAAUACAAAUGCUGUCAACCAACUUACCACGAUUGCUAUCACUGUUACAAUUUUUAUUAGCGAUUUUUAAUUUCCUUUUUUAUAUCAAUGGAUGAUUCUUAAGCCUUCGAAGAAAUGCAUUUUGUUGUGACGGAAGGCAUGCUCUAUACAUUAUAAGCAGAAGGACUUGUAGUUUUACCCUUAUUUAUUUUCGCACAAGUCUUUUGUCGUUCACCCCUUGGUGCCCCCGCACCAUGUGCUCAUCAUCUCUCUGUGAUCUGUAUACAAUAAACAUAAUCACAUUAUUAUUGUUCCUUACCUUAAGUGUGCGAUCAUGGUAAGCAGUGCAGGAUGGAAGAUGCUUAAUGAAGCUAUCCGACGAAAGAAAAAAAAUGAGCACAGUAAAUUGCACUUCACAAACUAUGUGUUUUUUGUGGGAAAAGCUAUGUACUUGACUCUCGUUUGUAUUAAUUUUUCGUCAGUCAGUUCUCGUCCGUCCAGCACAACACAACCGUACACAUGUCGCAAUUUUUUCAUCUACUCUGUUCAUUUGUAAUCCUGGUUGUAACGCUGUCCAGUUUAUUUUCGUUCAUAUGCAUGUUUUAGGGUCACUAUCCGAAUCACCUGGUUGCUUUUGAUUGUGUUGAUGAAUCCAUUUAUCCCAAACAUUCUUACCGUAAUCUGUUUUACUAUGAUUCAUUAUCAUGAAUAUAACCUCCUUCUGGACAAACGAAAAAAGGAGAAACGAUUUUUCUAAAUACCAUUGUUAUUCCUUAGACUAUAACUUUAAGAUUCACACGAGGCCUUGAAAAUAACAUGUUUUUGAAAAAGCCAGGAAUGUUGUCGUAGCUGCCACUGUCUUAAGAACCAUGAUAAUUUCGAGUUACUAUUGUUUGUAAAUAUUUUAGGCCGCUAUCGAUAAAAUUCAGACAAUUUAUUGUACAAACUACUUAGACAAUGCUCAUUUAGGCAACUCGCACUGAGUGAGAUACAGUACCCAAAAAGACACAUGAAAAUGCUUGUAAAUCGAACUUAUUCAUGUCUUUUACUUGAAAGCCACAGAGCCUAAUCAUCAGAACACAGAGGCCCUAGCAAUUAUUUAUAGAUAUCAAAUGAGUUUAAUUGUAUACUCUUCGAUCAUUCGAAACUAAAGAAAAUGCAAUCUGUGAUUUGUUUAUGGUUUGUUUCACUUAUUGUGGCUUAUCACAUCUUACUACUUGUAAUGUCCAUGCAAAAUAGAAUACUAUAAAGUAGAAAAAGCAACUUUUUUGCUUAUUCAGAGCAUAAUAUACCUCCACAUAACUACAUUCGCCUGAAAUCACGUCGAUCAUUAAGUCAUCAUGACCAUUUUCAUAAUCUUUUAGCAUUGAUUUUUCACGUGUUUUGUUGUUCCUAUAUCUAUGACUGAAAUAAUAAUAUGACACACUAGCACAGCUAUUUGGAAAGAACAACAUUUUCAAAGAAACGCACAGCCUGUGUUGAACGAAUAGAUUGCAUAACGGCUGGCCAUGAAACACUUAAAUCGCCUACUGGUACAAACUAAAGAUGGCCUAGCCGCACGGGUUAUCUUCAAAAUCAUUAAGGCGUCUACGGCAACAUUAACUAGAAUCACACAGUCUCUAGCCAGUGUAAAUAUUAGAGCGUCACCAAGAACGGCAGCUAGCUCCCUGACAAGCAAGGAAUGAUUUUACUUUCUAUGUAGAAGAAACGGCCAUGUAUUAAAAAUUAAAGUACAACACAAAAUGCAGAUCUUACAGUCAGUUACCCCCUAGCAAGGUACGUAGAAGAAAACAUAAUAAUAAUAAUAUCCAAGGCUUUUAGCUAAAGACGCCACCCCAAGUUGGGAUUUUUUGUUUGUCGGAGAUAGAUUACUACGAUAGAUCUGUGUGUAUAUAGCAGGCAGCAUACCAUGUGCUCAUACACUCACUGUGAUGUUUAUACUGUAUGUUUUCAUCUCUAGUCCCUUCAGUUUGUUAUGUUUUUCUUGUCCACCCCCCUGUUUGCAUGGGGUAAAUCGAACUGUGACGUACAAUGGUGUGUGUCCAAGCUCCUUAUACAAAUUAUUAUGAUGCUUGCCUCUCAUAUAUUGAUGUCUGUAAUGAACCAAAAAAAACCCCGGGAUGUUAGUGGUGCCUAUGUUAUCUGUUGUAGGCUCAUCUGGAGUUUGAAAGCUUUGGGAUUUCUUGGAUGUUCUUUGAAAGUAUCCUAUCAGCUAAUUUUUUUAUGCUCGUAUUAUUUUGAAACCAAUAAAACGUAUUUCAUAAUAAUAUUACGCUCAGUAUGUAUACAAUACGCAUACUUGUUGCGUGAUGUGCGGCUAAACGUUGCCAAUGAUUGUAUAUACACGUGGUUAUUUUUUUCUUUAAAGCAUGUUAUGUUGUAGAUAUUAUUUGAUUUAAUAAAUUAUAUUGAAAGUGUG